AUGUCUCAAACACACACCUCCUCAGCCACAUAUGAAUGGGGAACCCAACCUACAGCCUCUGGGAGGCAAUUUUCAUCAGAGAAUUCCGAGGCUUCUUCUUCUUCUUCUGCUGUCAAAUCGCCAUGCACCUCCAUGUAUCUCCCACAAUAUUUAUUGGGUCAGGCCUCUUCUCCAGACCCAUUAAGAAAUUUACCACUCACAUCUUCACCGUCCAAAGGCACACCGCCAUCCUUCUUUCAUGCUGGCAAAAACAAUGUCUCCGCGAACCAAGUUCAUUUGGAGCGGAGAACUUUCUCUCCACUCCGGGAUACGAUAUCUAUCGAUAAUUUAAAUCAAAUAAUUGCCUCUAGCUCUUCUUCUUCUUUUGCAGAUGCAGUUCCUAGCUCUGGUCUUCUUGGCAGUCCGCCUAGGGAAUCGCUGUCGGAUUCUGUAGCACAUACACCCUGUACUCCAACACCAUCUUCAGGAGGUGUCGAAAAUGCUAUGCUUGCACAGUCCCCAAUAACCCCGUUCUCCUCCAUUAGGAACAGAGAGUUUCCUAUUUGUACGAUGACAACUAUAUUUGGAUUUCCACCGGCAGAGUUGGAUGUGAUCAUCUCAUAUUUUAAAACGAUAGGAACUGUGAAGUUUAUUAAAAGCCUUAAUCCCAUCGAACCCAAAUCUAGCAGCACGUUCAGGGAUCCGUUUGAUAACUGUUCCGCUGGUCCGUCUUGGAUCCAUGUAGAAUGGGCUUCCCCAUUGGAUGCUUCAAAAGCAUUAGAAAAGCAAGGAACUUUAAUGUUUGCAACGUUGGCUGAUGGCACAGAUGUACAAUAUAUGCUUGGGGUCAUUCCAUUUGAUACGGCAAGGGCCAAGUUAAAUUCCAUUUGUGCCGAGGAUGUAAUUUGGUCAUGUAGCCCGGUGAAGCUUAAGCGCCAAAACACGCCAUCUUCCUCCAUCCAGAAUACUGAAAAUAUCUUUUUAGAUUACAAACAAAAUCACGCCGACGAGGCCUUGUUUCCGUUAAGGGUGGAACAAACCCAAGAACUUGGCAGUUAUUUUGACAAUCUUUUAAAUUGGUUUUUUGGGGUGUAA